CAAAUAUUAGUGAAUAGAUGUCAGUCUUGUUGUCAACACUUUGUGUUGGCUUUGAAUUCAAUGUAAAUAUUAUCACAUGUUUUGCAUUGAAUUACAAAAAUACAAGUAAAGAUUAUUUAUUUAUUCAUCACUUCAUUUGAUCCCAAGAUAUGGCACAACAGAUGACACCAAAGAUGGCAUCACUCGAGACCACAGAUGACGGCAAUGAAGACAACAGACAACAGCCUAAGAUUUACGCGAAGAACUCAAUGGACAGAUUCGGUGAUGACUUGUAUGGACUCAUAUUAUCUUAUCUCUCACUCGAAGAUCGGUUUCGAUGUGAAUGUGUGUCCAAACAGUUCCAGAGGACAGUCUUUGAGAGUGUUGUGGACAUCACUCUUAGCGACACAUUUAUUAACAAAAUAUUGAAAAUUAAGGGACAAUUGUUGACCAGAAUUGUCAUAAAAUUCACAAACAUUAAGACCAUUGACUGCCGAAUAAUAAGCGAAAAAUACAAGAAACGCGUUCCCGAAGUGUUGCAAAUAUUUCGAGACAAUUGCCGGCAUUUGAGGGAAAUUUACUGUAAUUUACGGGAAAAUAGUUCGCAAACAAUGAGUUCAUUGUUACCACUGAUCACACGAAUCGGUAACUUAUGUAAAGAGUUUUGGAUAUCUGGACCAAUUAUCAAUGGAAUUGAUCCGAACAGUGAAAGCCAAUCACUCAUUCAUUGCCACCGAUUGUCUCAUUUAAAUAUCAACUCUUUGUCCCAUGUCUUCCACAACACUUCCGGGCAGAUAUUGGUCAACAAUUUGACGAUAUUUGAGUUGAGUCACUACAGAGACAAAGAUAAGGAACUGUUGUCAGCAUUUGUGGCACACAAUCAGUCCCUCAAAAGUCUUACGUUUAGGACUAGUACUAAAUCUCAGGAAACACUUAACGAAAUGAGUGUCCAAUUGUCACGAUUACCACAAUUACGGGAUUUGAGACUCGGGUUUGAGUUGUAUAGCAAUGAGCUAUCAGUGAACGAGACUUUGCUUACAAUUGGCUUAAAUUGCAAACAAUUGCAACGAUUGACACUUAUGUCGCUCUCAUGUUCCGACUAUUCAAUGCAAUUAACGUUGGAUUCGUUGGGAUCUUAUCGCAGAUUAAAGCGCUUACAAUUACAGUAUAUAAACAUCGAUAUCAAUGCGGAUCCGUUUAAACACUGCCAGAGAUUAACUCAUUUAGAGCUGAUAUUAACGCCAAAGAUAGCAAAAGUGUUGGAAAAUUGUCAUCAAAAUUGUUCACGACUUCAAUAUCUAUACAUUUAUUAUACCGAAGACAUGAUAGAGUCUAAUAGACAUACCUAUCAGAUAGACACAGAGUGUUUGUCUCACAUCUCAAGACUACCGGCGCUGCAAAUGCUUGUCUUUCAAUGUUAUGGAAGCACUCGUUUCAAUGAUAAUGAUUUGAAUGCUGUGUUGUCUUCGAGUCCUAAACUCAAGACAAUUGAAAUCCGUUUAAACAACAGAAAGAAGUUAUUUUCAAAGUAA